AUGCCCGCGGUACCAGCGAAUGUGUCUGAAUGUGUUCAGGCACUUCUUGAGCAGCUACUGUCACAACAGACCCCAUCACCCUGUAGUGCCAACGCUACCUCCGCGCCUAGUGAACGCUCUGAGUCUCGAGCUCUGCUGUAUAUAGUUGUAACGCUUCUGUUUUAUUCUGGAGGAAUCAUUAUCGGUAUUAUCACCUAUCUUAAGCGUGAAAGGAGAGAAAUAGAAGAAGACAGAGAAUUUGAUGAAUUUAUCAACACUUAUAUUGAACCGGAAACCCGGACAACAUUCCACAAGGUUCAGCAAGUCAUUGCAAGACUUAAAUACCUACAGGAGGAAAAAGUAAGGAAAAUGGGAAGUAAGGGAACAGAUGUGAAAUCUAUAUCAAACGACAACGAGGAGAGAAAGGAUAACGUCGAUAGAAAGGAUUGUGUAGAUAAUUCUCUUAUCAAGACCGCCAACUCGUGGAACGAGACAGAGACUUCCAGGCUUGAUAACACAAUUUGUGAGGACGAUGAGCCACUUUCAUCUAUCGUUGCUAAACUCAUCGACCCAGAUAAACGCCGAUCGUUCGACGAAGAUUCGGACAUGGAGGCAGACGAUCGCGAAGGAGGUCUCACAAAGACUUCCUCCAUGCAGUCUAUCAAGGAUUACACCGAGGAACCAGGAAGGAGUGCUCGCUCAUCUUUUAUAGACGACGACAACGAAAUGGUGGAUGACGACUCAUCAACAUUGAUCAGCGAUCAAAGACUUGGGAACAAGGAGGAUUUACAUCAUUGUAAAACUGUCAACAAAGGUUGUAUAGUGACGAAUGUGUAGUAGUGUUGUGUCCCCAUUCUCCCAUGGGCUGUAAACCCCUUAUCGUAAUAUGCAAAGCACAUCAAAGUCAGCAACCCUACCACGUGUACCAGGGUAGGCUCACACAUCCAAAUCAUACCUAUCUCACUAACGGUAACUCACUUGUACCCAGGAGUAACUUCUGAGAAACAUGCCCUUUUAAUCAUUUACUACAUCCUCAUAACAUGAUGGGACAAUUGCUAGCGUGAAAUCAAAUACCGAUACAAAUAUUCAUGUAUUUUUGAGGAACUACCGCAAGUACAAGGCUUUGUGACUGACAACAUCGGCCUUUACAACAGCGCCCCCUUUUUGGGGUUUCAUCCUUGAGUGUAUUAUUCGAGGAUACUGUAAGGACACCUUUUGUACGCCGAGCCGUUCGAGGGACCACCGAAAACUGUUACGUGGCUGUUAGUAUAUGUGACUUUUAUGG